GAGCAGAGAGUUUCUCCUCUCUGGGAAGGAUCUGGGGAGGGUAGGCAGACUGAGGAAGAAGAUCACAUGGGCAGAAUUGAUCCCUGUGGCAAGCCCUGGGAAAGGGGGCAAGUCAAGAUACAGGGAGAUUCUGCAGAGGAGUCAGGACUCUCCUAUGGAGAGAAACCUACAGGCAGUAGCAUAGGUUCCUGUGGGAGGAAUCCUUGAGAUAGGGUUUCUAAGUGGAAGCAGAGACUGUUAAAGAGACUGCAGAGACUGAAGCAGAAAAAUUAUUUGGAUUUGCCUGAAUUUUCUUUUGGACUUUUUAGUUACCCUGGAAGGGGUUUGAAUUUUAUAUGUCUUGGGCAGAGGGCUGAGCUGUGGAAGACCUGGUGAGGCGGUGCUGGCACAGAGGAUACCAGCAAUGUUACAUACAGAUGGAAGACGGGUUGGAGGUGGACUUAUGUGAAUGCAACUCUGGGACUUUGCUCACUAAGGACAACCAAUUGUUUUUCUUCAGGAGAUUUUGGACCUCACUGAGCAAAUACCAGGGGAGUUCCCAUGUCUACAUUGGAUGUCUGCCAGUAAAUCUGCCCACAUCUGAUUCACAGCAGUCUGUAGGCUGUAUUAGCAUUGAUGCUGAUGAGGAAAUGACCUAUCUAGCAUCUGUACUUCAUUCAUGCUUCAGAAAAGCAAAACCUCCAUAUAAAUCCCUAUCCACUGCAAUGGAACUGGAAUAUGUAAGACUCUACCUCACAUAGUGCUAUGCAAUCAGUUUCCUCAGGCUUGAAGAUGCAGUGGACGCCGGAGCAUGCCCAGUGGCCAGAACAGCACUUUGAUAUCACUUCAACUACCCGGUCUCCUGCUCACAAGGUGGAAGCAUACCGUGGACACCUGCAGCGCACCUAUCAGUAUGCCUGGGCCAAUGAUGACAUCUCUGCGCUGACUGCCUCUAAUCUAUUGAAAAAAUACGCAGAAAAGUAUUCUGGUAUUUUAGAAGGCCCAGCCGACCGACCCAUCCUUAGUAACUAUUCCGAAGCUCCGUCAGCACUGGUGAAUGGUCGGAAGAAUGAAAAUGAACCCUGGCAGCCUUCUUUGAACUCAGAGAGUGUUUAUCCUAUGAACUGUGUCCCGGACGUUAUUACUGCCAGCAAAGCUGGAGUAAGUGCAGCCCUCCCUCCAGCAGAUGUCUCUGCCAGUAUAGGGAGCUCACCUGGGGUGGCCAGUAACCUGACAGAACCUAGUUAUUCUAGUAGUACCUGCGGAAGUCAUACAGUACCUAGUCUUCAUUCAGGGCUCCCAUCUCAGGAAUAUGCCACAGGAUACAAUGGAUCUUAUUUACAUACUAGUUACAGUGGCCAGCCAGCACCUGCACUUCCAUCACCUCAUCCAUCCCCUUUGCAUAGCUCUGGCCUCUUACAGCCGCCACCACCGCCACCACCAGCCCUAGUCCCAGGCUACAAUGGGACUUCUAACCUCUCCAGUUACAGCUACCCAUCUGCUAGUUAUCCUCCUCAAACUGCUGUUGGGCCUGGGUACAGCGCUGGUGGUGCCCCACCUCCCUCAGCAUACCUGCCUUCAGGAAUUCCUGCUCCUACUCCUCUCCCCCCUACCACUGUACCUGGCUACACCUAUCAGAGUCACGGUUUGACGCCCAUUGCACCAUCGGCUCUGACAAACAGUUCUGCAAGUUCUCUCAAAAGGAAAGCUUUCUAUAUGGCAGGGCAAGGAGAAAUGGACUCCAGUUAUGGAAAUUACAGCUAUGGCCAACAGAGAUCUACACAGAGUCCCAUGUACAGAAUGCCCGACAACAGCAUUUCAAAUGCAAACAGGGGGAAUGGCUUUGACAGAAGUGCUGAAACAUCAUCCUUAGCAUUUAAGCCAACAAAGCAGCUAAUGUCCUCUGAGCAGCAAAGGAAAUUCAGCAGUCAGUCCAGCAGGGCUCUGACACCCCCUUCCUAUAGUACUGCUAAAAAUUCAUUGGGAUCAAGAACAAGUGAAUCUUUUGGGAAGUACACCUCCCCAGUAAUGAACGACCAUGGGGAUGAGCACAGGCUCCUCCCUCACCCAAUGCAAGGCCCGGGACUUCGUGCAGCUACCUCAUCCAACCACUCUGUGGACGAGCAACUGAAGAAUACUGACACACACCUCAUUGACCUUGUAACCAAUGAGAUUAUCAACCAGGGACCUCCUGUGGACUGGAAUGACAUUGCUGGCCUAGAUUUGGUAAAGGCUGUCAUUAAAGAGGAGGUUUUAUGGCCGGUGUUGAGGUCAGAUGCAUUCAAUGGACUGACUGCUCUACCUCGGAGCAUCCUUUUAUUUGGACCUCGGGGAACAGGCAAAACAUUAAUGGGUAGAUGUAUAGCUAGUCAGCUAGGAGCCACGUUUUUCAAAAUCACUGGCUCUGGGCUUGUCACAAAGUGGUUAGGGGAAGGAGAAAAAAUUGUUCACGCUUCCUUCCUCGUGGCAAGGUGUCGCCAGCCUUCAGUGAUUUUUGUUAGUGACAUUGAUAUGCUUCUUU